AUGUCAAGUGGAACAGUGAGAAGGGUCUCACGUCAAGAUAUACAACUGGUUCAAAACCUUAUAGAACGAUGCCUUCAGCUUUACAUGAAUCAGAAAGAAGUCGUGGAAACUUUACUGGAGCAGGCUAAAAUCGAGCCUGGCUUCACAGAACUAGUUUGGCAGAAGCUUGAAGAAGAGAAUCGGGAAUUUUUCAAGGCUUACUAUCUUAGGCUCGUGGUGAAACACCAGAUCAUGGAAUUCAACAAGCUGCUUGAGCAGCAGGUUCACCACAUGAGUCAAAUGCAUCAAACUGGGGUUGCUUCCGUCCGCAAUUCGAAUGGUUCUCAUAUUCAAUCAAUGAAUCAGAAACAGUUAUGCUAUGCCUCUGAACACACUGAGCAGUCGUUGAAGUCUGAAAGUGCACAUCAUCCUAUGGCUUCUGGUCUGUCUAAUGCAUACCUCAAUGGCUCUUCAACACUCAAUGCAAAUGUGGCCUCUUCUGUGAACAUAUCAACCCAUGCUAGGAGAGUUGAUACUUCGCCAAAUAUGCUCUCAUCACAGACCACAAACAUGCCUAUGAUGCAAGGAGUGAAUGGAGGGAUGAUCAAGUCUGAGACUGCCUAUGCAAACCCUGCUUCAUACAUGUAUGGUGGUGAGCGGAAUGCCCUCGAAGGACAUUCCGCAGUUGGAGACACUUCGAUUCCAUCUUUCAGCAACGAGUCCAACAACCAACCCCUCAGUGAUCCGCUUCUUGAUGCUGAAACUUCUACUUUUGGGUUCUUAGGUCAAAUUCCUCGGAACUUCAGUCUGUCGGAUUUGACAGCUGACUUUUCCCAGAGCUCAGAGAUUCUGGAGAGCUACGAUAGAUCACCCUUCCUUGUGCCGGAUGCUGAAAAUUUCCUGGACUCCCGCGAUAGGGGAGAAUAUCAAGGAGACAACAAGAGAUUGGAGACCAUAUCUGAAGGCUUCAGUUACGAUAACCUCGGGAGCGAAUAG